CAAUUGCAAACUCUCUAUCUCACUAUAUAUAUAUAUCUCUCUCUCUAUCUCUAUAGUUGAAGAAAGAAUUCAUCUCCACCAUCAUGGGAAGAGCACCCUGCUGUGAUAAGGAUGGUCUGAAAAGAGGACCAUGGACUGCUGAAGAAGAUCAGAAACUCAUUGAUUACAUUAACAAAAAUGGCUAUGGAAACUGGAGAACUCUUCCCACCAAUGCUGGGCUGCAGAGGUGUGGGAAGAGUUGCAGGCUUCGUUGGAUGAAUUAUCUCCGUCCCGACAUAAAACGAGGAAGAUUUUCUUCAGAGGAAGAACAUAUAAUCAUUCAACUCCAUAGUAUAUUAGGAAACAAGUGGUCGGCCAUAGCAGCGAGGUUGCCGGGGAGAACGGAUAACGAAAUCAAGAAUUACUGGAACACCCACAUUAGGAAAAAGCUUCUGCGAAUGGGGAUUGAUCCCGUGACGCAUCGCCGCCGUGUUGAUCUUCUUGAUUUAUCGUCAAUCUUGAACAACCCAUCGCUCUUGUACAACUCAAGAAUCUUAGGUGCCCAAACCUUGGCUAAUCCUCACCUCCUUCGGUUCGCCGCGUCUCAGCACCACAACAACAACGUUAUUAACUCCGAAAAAGCCAAUAAUGUCGUUCAAGACACCCAACAACUACACGCGCCGCCGCCGCUAGUUCAAGAUUUCCCAAUUUACAGCCCUAACAUGGCCGCCGCUCAGAUUACGCAGCAACCCAAUGUCGAAUUCGGGCUAGAAAAUUAUCCGGCGAACGAUUUCUGGCUGCCGGAAUCUGAGAUGACACAAGAUUAUUUGCUGCCGCCGCUGCAAAACUACGGGUACUACGAGGCGGCCGUUGAUCCCCAGUCGGCGAUGGAUCCUCCGGCGCCGGCGGCGGACGAGAGCUGCCGUUUUGGGUUCCGGCAAGUGUGGUCAACGCCUUCGUCGAGCCAAGUUAACAGUGGCAGCACCACAACUACAGAGGACGAGAGGGAAAUUAGCUACGGCAGCAAUUUGUUGAACUUUGAUGUCGCAAACAUUUUUGGUGUUAAUGAAUUCAUGUAGCUUUGUUUAAUCCAUAAUUAUUAGAAGUUAUAAUUAAUUUUCCGAAUUAAAUAAGGGAAGUAUAUUCAUUAAAUUGUUUGUGUUAUAAAUAUAUAUUUGGUGUUUGAUGAA